GUGAGAAGAGAUGUUAACCGGAGCAUAUCAUUAAAUCACUGUUUUUGUUUCCGUUUGUUAAAAAAAAACCCACAAAUUCUUAGCCUAUACAUGAUGCCCGUGUGGAAAACGAGUGUUGUGUCCAGACGCAAGGGGCGACUCAUCUAAAGAUCACUAAACACGGAUUGCACCAAAACGGUUCAAGUUGUAUCCGUGUGGAGUAAAAUUACUCCCUGAGAGAGAGGACUAAUGAUGGCUCUCAUGGUCCACCUGAAGACGGCCGCUCACCUUCGGGGGAAAGGUGACAGGAUCGCCAAAGUUACAUUCAGAGGUCUGUCCUUCUACAGCCGUGUGGCAGAGAACUGUGAUGCCGUGGCUCACUUUAAUGAGAUGUUUCGAUGGCCCAUUGCCAGCAGGCUUGAUGGAAACGAGAUGCUGGAGAUCCAAGUUUACAAUUACAGCAAAGUCUUCUCCAACAGACUGGUGGGGACUUUCUGUAUGGUUCUUCAGAAGGUGGCAGAGGAGGGACACCUCGAGCUGACCGACACGCUCAUCGACGACAACAACACAUCAAUAAAGACCAGCGUUACCAUAGAGAUCAAAUACCAGUCCAUGGAUGGCGCUGUGGGAGUGUGGAGCGACGGGGAGUUCCUGGAUGUUCCUGACGACCGUGAUGGGAUGUUUGCCUUUGAAACCGAGAGCUUGCUGUCAGGGCAAAGCCACGGGUCUGGGACGCCUCCUGGAAGAUCCUUACAGGGUUCCAUACCAACCUUCAGGAAAGCAGGGAAGGGAGUUUUCUCAGCCAUGAAGCUCGGCAAGAUUAAGAGCUCUAAGGACGAUCACAAGAAAGCAGAUGAGCCGGCGGUCCUGGAAAUGGAGGACCUGGACAGAAAGGCAAUGCGUCUUGCCGGGACAGUGGACCCAGACACCAUCUCCCUGGCCUCCGUCACCGCCGUCACGACCAACGUCUCCAACAAGAGGUCGAAGCCAGAUAUCAAGAUGGAGCCAAGCUCUGGACGCCCAGUGGAUUAUCAGAUCAGCAUCACUGUGAUCGAGGCCCGGCAGCUCAUAGGCCUCAACAUGGACCCUGUGGUGUGUGUGGAGGUUGGAGACGAGAAGAAGUACACGUCGAUGAAGGAGUCCACCAACUGCCCCUACUACAAUGAGUAUUUCGUCUUUGACUUCCACGUCCCACCUGACGUCAUGUUUGAUAAGAUCAUCAAGAUCUCGGUUAUUCACUCUAAAAAUCUUCUUCGGAGUGGGACCUUGGUGGGGAACUUCAAGAUGGAUGUUGGGACUGUUUACUCUCAGCCUGAGCACCAGUUUUACCACAAAUGGGCCAUCAUGUCUGAUCCUGACGACAUAACAGCGGGGUGUAAAGGAUAUGUGAAGUGUGACAUCGCUGUGGUCGGGAAGGGAGACAACAUCAAGACCCCACACAAAGCCAACGAGACUGAUGAAGACGACAUAGAGGGGAACCUCCUGCUCCCAGAGGGCAUUCCAGCUGAGAGGCAGUGGGCGAGGUUUUAUGUGAAGAUCUACCGCGCUGAGGGGCUUCCCAAGAUGAACACCAACAUCAUGGCUAAUGUGAAAAAGGCCUUCAUAGGAGAAAACAGAGACCUGGUCGACCCCUAUGUUCAAGUGCAGUUUGCUGGGCAGAAAGGGAAGACGUCUGUCCAGAAAAGCAGUUAUGAGCCCAUCUGGAACGAGCAGGUCGUCUUCACCGAGCUGUUCCCUCCACUCUGCAAACGCUUGAAGGUCCAGAUACGAGACUCGGAUAAGGUCAACGACGUCGCCAUAGGAACCCAUUUUGUUGACCUACGCAAGAUAUCAAAUGAAGGUGACAAAGGAUUCCUGCCCACCAUGGGUCCGGCUUGGGUCAACAUGUACGGGUCGACGCGUCAGUACACUCUGAUGGACGAGCACCAGGACCUGAAUGAGGGUCUUGGAGAAGGCGUGUCCUUCAGAGCUCGUCUCCUCAUCUCUAUGGCCGUGGAGAUCUUGGACACCACUUCACCUGAGCUCAUGAGCUCCACCGAGGUGCAGGCAGAGGGUGUGUCCAACAUCUCAGAGAGUGCCACUGGGAAAAUGGACGAGUUCUUCCUCUUUGGUUCCUUCCUGGAGGCCACCAUGAUCGACAGGAAGAUCGGAGACAAACCCAUAAGUUUUGAAAUCACAAUAGGUAACUACGGCAACCAGAUAGAUGGUGUAAGCAAACCUUCCUCGGCGAAGAAGAAGAAGAAAGACGGGGGGAAUGAGGAAGAGGAGAACGAGCUCAUACAGAACUCCAGUGAGGACGAGGCGGACGAGGAAGCAGACCUGAUGUCGGUCUCCUCCACUCCUCCAAUGAGGCCCGUCAUCACCGACAGGAAUUAUUUCCAUCUUCCCUACUUUGAAAAGAAGCCAUGUGUCUACAUCAAAAGCUGGUGGCAGGACCAGAGGAGACGACUUUACAACUCCAACAUGAUGGACAAGAUCGCUGACAAGCUGGAAGAGGGUUUGAAUGAUGUUCAGGAGAUCAUGAAGACGGAGAAGGCUUUUCCAGAGCGCCGACUGAGGGGAGUGCUGGAGGAGCUCAGCGUCGGAUGCAGUCGUUUUGUGAUACUGGCCAACAAGGAUGUGAACCAGCCAGGCCGAACCAAACUGGAUCGAGAGCGGCUCAAGUCCUGCAUGAGAGAGAUGGACAGCAUCGGCCAGCAGGCCAAGCAGCUUCGCACUCAGGUGAAGAAAAACACAGUCCGAGACAAACUCAAGCUGGUGCAGAACUUCCUGCAGAAGCUCCGUUUCCUGGCAGACGAGCCUCAGCACAGCAUCCCAGAUGUGUUCGUCUGGAUGAUGAGCAACAACAAGCGCAUCGCCUACACCCGGAUUCCCUCAAAAGACAUCCUGUACUCUAUAGUGGAUGAGGAGACAGGAAAAGACUGCUGCAAAGUCAAAGGUGUCUUCCUCAAGCUGCCGGGAAAGAAGGGCUUCGGUCCAGCAGGCUGGACUGUUCAGGCAAAGCUGGAGCUGUAUCUGUGGCUCGGCCUCAACAAGCAGAGGAAAGACUUCCUCAGCGGUCUGCCUAAUGGUUUUGAGGAGAUCAAAGCCGCUAAAACAGGCCCCGGUCUUCAAUCUGUCCCCCCCGUCAGCCUCGUCUACAACAUGAAGCAGGUGUUCCAGCUUAGAGCACACAUGUACCAGGCCCGCAGUCUGUUUGCUGCAGACAACAGUGGCCUUUCAGAUCCCUUCGCCCGGGUCUUCUUCUCCACACACAGCCAGGUUACCGAGGUCCUGAGCGAGACUCUUUGCCCUACAUGGGACCAGCUUCUGGUGUUUGACGAUGUGGAGCUGUUUGGGGAGGCCGGUGAGCUGAGAGACGACCCUCCGAUCAUCGUCGUUGAACUCUUUGACCAGGACACUGUGGGCAAGGCAGAGUUCAUAGGUCGGACGUUUGCUAAGCCCACCAUCAAGAUGUGUGAGGAGUACUACGGACCCCCGAGGUUCCCCCCACAGCUGGAGUACUACCAGAUUUACAGAGGGAACUCCACCGCUGGGGAACUGCUGGCUGCCUUCGAGCUGCUGCAGAUACCUUUCGAUCCGGAGGUGAUUAGGCGAGCCCUGAUCGCUGUCCAUAACUUUGCUGUCCCUCAAAUAAAGAUUGGUCAAGGGGGGAGGGCUGAACUGCCUCCCCUUGAAGGGUCCACAGUCGAGCGGGGGCCCAUUAUUCCCGUGCCGCUGGGCAUCAGACCUAUCCUGAGUCGCUACCGCAUAGAGGUUUUGUUCUGGGGCUUAAGGGACCUGAAGAGGAUUAACCUGGCUCAGGUGGAUCGGCCCCGUGUGGACAUAGAGUGUGCCGGGCGAGGUGUGCAGUCUGUCCUCAUCCAGAACUAUAAGAAAAACCCCAACUUCAGCAUCCUGGUGAAAUGGUUUGAGGUGGACCUUCCAGAGAACGAGCUCCUCCACCCUCCUCUCAACAUCCGGGUGGUGGACUGCCGGGCAUUUGGCCGUUACAUCCUGGUGGGGUCUCAUGCCGUCAGCAGCCUGAGACGAUUCAUCUACAGCGCCCCAGACAAGACCUCCAACAACUGGGCCACUGCAGCUAAGCUAAUGAAUGGCUACAUGGUCCUUACCAAUGGCGGCUCCCAGCCUCGCUCCUCACCCAGCCUUUCCUCUCGCACCCUCUCUCGCCCCGCAGGUGACAUCAUGGUGGACAUGGACUCAGAGCAUUCGUUCCGAAAGAUGGACACAGUGGUGAAGUUAGACGCUACGUCUGACGCUGUUGUAAAAGUUGACAUGACUGAGGAGGAGAGUGACAAAGACAAAAAGAAGAAGAAGAAGAAAAAGAAGGGAGGCAUGGAGGAAGAGGAGGAGACAGAUGAGAGGGUGCUGGACUGGUGGUCCAAGUAUUUUGCUUCUAUAGAGACACUGAAGGAGAGCCUUAGAGCCCAGGAGGUGGCCCAGGCCGAGGCGGAGGAGAGAGAGGACCUGGAGAUAGCAGCGGAGGCAGCAGAUAUCAAACCUGAUGACCUUGUUCUGAAAGGCUCCAAGACAAAAGACAAGAGCAAAGAGAAGAGGUUCUACAAGGACAAGAAGAAAGCUCAGGCUGCAGACAGCUCUGAGCGGCGGCCGGUUAAAGCAAAGGUGGACGAGCUGGUGGUUUACAACAAGGAGCUGGAGACUGAGUAUGGCAACUUUGCAGAUUGGCUCCACACUUUUAACUUGUACAGAGGAAAGGCGGGGGACGAUGAUGAACACGCUCAGGACGACGACAGGAUUGUUGGCAGAUUCAAGGGAUCCUUAUGUAUGUACAAGCUUCCUCUGUCUGAGGAGAUCACGAGAGAGGCAGGGUUCGAUCCUAAUAUGGGCAUGUUCCAGAGCAUCCCACAUAACGAUCCAAUCAACGUCCUUGUUCGUGUCUAUGUGGUCAGGGCUACAGAUCUGCAUCCUGCUGAUAUCAAUGGAAAAGCUGAUCCAUAUAUUGUCAUUAAGCUGGGCAAAUCAGAAGUCAAGGACAAAGAGAACUACAUCUCUAAACAGCUCAAUCCUGUAUUCGGCAAAUCAUUCGACAUCGAGGCCACCUUCCCCAUGGAGUCCAUGCUGACGGUGUCGGUGUACGACUGGGACCUUGUCGGCACUGACGACCUGAUCGGAGAGACAAAGAUUGACUUGGAGAAUCGUUUCUACAGCAAAUACAGAGCCACCUGCGGCAUUUCCUCCAAAUACUCUGUACAUGGAUACAAUAUCUGGCGGGACCCUAUGAAGCCCAGUCAGAUCCUGGCGAAGCUCUGUAAGGACGGCAAGAUCGACGGACCUCAUUACGGGCCGGGAGGCAAAGUCAAGGUGGCCAAUCGAAUCUUCCAGGGACCUACAGAGAUCGAGGAUGAGAAUGGUCUGAAGAAGCAGACUGAGGAGCAUUUGGCUCUGACGGUGCUGAACCACUGGGAGGAGAUCCCUAGGGUCGGCUGGAAGCUCGUCCCUGAACACGUGGAGACCAGACCCCUGCUGAACCCCGACAAGCCCGGGAUCGAACAGGGCCGUGUUGAGAUGUGGGUGGACAUGUUCCCGAUGGACAUGCCUGCUCCUGGACCUGCGUUAGACAUAUCACCACGGAAACCAAAGAGAUAUGAGCUCAGGGUGAUUAUUUGGAAUACAGACGAAGUAAUACUGGAGGACGAUGAUUACUUCACUGGGGAAAAGUCCAGUGACAUAUUUGUCAGGGGCUUUGAGCUUCGUGUUGUUAUUUGGAACACUGAUGACGUAAUUCUAGAGGACGAUGCUUUCAUGACAGGAGAGAAGAUGUCUGACAUCUAUGUCAGGGGAUGGCUGAAAGGGCAGCAGGAGGACAAGCAGGACACAGACGUGCACUAUCACUCCCUGACCGGGGAGGGGAACUUCAACUGGCGCUUUGUCUUCCCCUUCGAUUACCUCAUGGCUGAGGAGAAGAUUGUAAUUUCUAAGAAAGAGUCCAUGUUCUCCUGGGACGAGACUGAGUAUAAGAUCCCUCCUCGCCUCACGCUGCAGGUCUGGGACGCCGACCACUUCUCUGCGGAUGACUUCCUGGGCGCAAUUGAGUUGGACCUUAACCGGUUCCCUCGUGGCGCCAAGACGGCCAAGCAGUGUUCCCUUGACAUGAUCCGAAAUGAGCACGAGCUGCCAACCAUUUCCAUCUUCAAACAAAAGAGGGUGAAGGGCUGGUGGCCAUUUGUAGCUCGUGAUGAGAACGAUGAGAUGGAGCUGACGGGUAAGGUAGAAGCUGAGCUUCAUCUGGUGACAGCAGAGGAGGCGGAGAAAAGUCCUGUAGGCCUGGGACGAAAUGAGCCUGAUCCCCUGGAGAAACCAAAUCGCCCAGACACCACCUUCCUGUGGUUCCUGAGCCCGCUGAAAGCCAUCCGCUACCUGGUGUGCAACCGCUACAAGUGGCUGAUCAUCAAGAUGGUGCUGGCCCUGCUGCUGCUCAUCAUGCUGGGCCUCUUCCUCUACAGCAUGCCAGGCUACCUAGUCAAGAAGCUGCUGGGGGCCUGAGGGGCUGCUGGGGGGACAGGGUGGGGGGUGGCCGGCUGGAUACACGGACUGGGACAUGGGGGGAGACGCAGAGAGUGGGUGUUGUUCCAGAAGGAGACGACAAGGAGUAACAAAGGACUUAUCACAAGUCAUUUAUUUCUUCUCUCUGCUCCGAUGUGAUCGUCACAUUCAGCACGCCACCUCCCACUUUCGCUCUGGCAGAAACCACCAAAAUGACUCUUUCCCCACAAAUCAUGAGAACUGACUAAUGCUCCAUCAAAUCUGCAGCAAGCUAACAAAUCUAACAUCUGGACUCCAUCCUUGAACUGACUAGAAAGCAAUCAUUUGCCACAAAGUGUAACCCCUGAUAUUCUUACAGUUACAUGAAAGCAAUGUUUAUUUAUCUUUUCAUACAGUCUUUAUUUAUUUAUUUAAUUAAAUUAAAUCUAACUGAUGGGUUAGUGGUCAGACGAUUGCAUGGACAUUCAUUUUAAGGGAUGCUGUGAGAUCUCACUUUACUGCUAAAAUAAGUGCUGUUGAUUUACGUUAACAUGUCCAAAAUGAAUAUCUUUUUUGUAACACUUUGCUCUAACCCUCCUUUUUGAGGAUUUACAAGCACUAUAUAAAUACGUAUUUAAUAGUUUAAUGUAGAACACAGUAUUAUAUAUAGUUGUAAGCAGAAUUAAGGAAAUUAUAAGUGAUUAUUAAAACAUUUGUCAACAAUUAUAACUGAGGAAAUGUUUUAUAUUAUUACUCCUUUUCUUUUACUCUAUAAUAUCCUUUAUUAUCUGUUUCUACACCAGCAUUUACUAAUGAGUACCCAUAUGGGUUAUAGUUGUUGACAUAUAGAUAAAUGAUCACUUAUAGAUGAUUUUAACUACAUUUAUUCAAUGUUUAUACUGCUUGUAAAAGCUGAGUCGAAUGGAUUAAAGCAAAGAGUUACCUUCUUAUACCUUCUAUAGCUCUUGCAGUUUUUGCACACUUCAAGAAUAAUAAUGAAGAAACUCAAAUAGAUGUAUAUUUUCCUAAUGAAACCCAAUGAGACCUAGAACAAUAGUGCUUCAAAAUUAAUCAAAUAAUUAAUAAGUGUACAGGGUUUUAGUUCAAAUGCAAUGUAAAAAUGUUCAAUCUCUUGAAGCUUAGCAGCAAAGCCAGACUUGAGUCAAACCGUGUUUGCAAAUAAUUAUCAAAAAAGAAACGGAUAAAUCCAAAUGAAUUAUUUGCAAAUAUCUUUUGACUUAAUCUGGUCAAGGUCAUUACUGUUUUCUACUAAAUGUAGACCUAUAUGUGGAUAUGCAUGCGUCAUUGUGAUGAGUGACCCCAGAGGUCGUGUGUGGCAUGACUGUCUCUCCAGAUCACAGCCCUGCUCUCCUUCACACUACAGGUAUAAUGUAGAGAUCGUUUCAUGGGAACAUUGUUAAAGUGCACUUGAGUGGAGCGGUGGGGGUCCGGGGUUGAUUCUCUAAACUCCAGCUCUCGCUCCAUAUCAAAUGGAGUUGUUUGCCGUGUCCGUUGCUCUUUUUCAAAUUUGCCUGUGCCUGACCUGACUUAUGUUGCCGUCUCUGUUUGUAAUUCUGUGUUUCACCAAUAACAGAGUUACUGUUUGCACUACACUUGCCUGUUUUUACAAUCAAUUUCUGUUUAUAUAUGUGGUGAAAUGUGUGCAAUGUUUGUCUCUUGGCAAUUUGAA